AUAUUAUUCUCUUAUUCAAUUAUUUAUUUGACAAUUGAUUUGAAUUUAAGAUCAAUGUUGGUGAAUUGUUUUAUUUUUUUGUGUUUUUGUUUCUUGUUUAAACCUAGCAGUAGAUUAUUAGAGUGGUAUGGUAAACGUUUUUACUACUAAUUUAAUAUAUCUCUCAGAAUACGAAAAGAUGGCGGCAAAACCAACUUAUUACAUGUCUUGUCGUGGGGAUAUUUUUUUUCCAUGCUGAUUGGUUUGGUCAGGGGGUUUUAUUUCGUUCAGUCGUAACGUUUUGUGGCUUUAAAUGGUAAGUUAGAUCAGUGUGCGUGUGUUUGGUCAGAAAGAAGAAAGAAGCCAUCAGCCCUGUGUUUGGUCAGAAAAGAAGAAAGAAUCCAUUAUCCCUGUCGCAGUUACAGCAGCCUCCAAACGUUAAAAUGUCUUCAUCAAAGGCCAUCAGCUUCACAAACUUUUACCAAAACUCAGUGACUGUCAUGGAGCCCGCAGAGGAAUGUCUGGACUUCGAAGUUGGUUUUUAUGAGCAAUGGGGUAAAAUGCUACUGCUGGGGACCAACUUCUUUAGCGAUCCGAAAGGAAAUACCAUAAAUAUAGAGUUUGAGGAGGGUCUUUUGGGUCAGAGACAGUUUCGUGGUGUCCAGAGCAUUCGGUCUUUUUAUAACGUCAACGAUGUUUAUUAUGUGUGUACUGUUUACUGUGGAGACCGAUUUUUUCGUAUAAGGCUUUUUGAUCUGGACUGGAAUGAGUUUGACUACCCUGGUACAGCAAGGACUUCUCUUGGAUGUAACCCUUUGUCUUCAAUAAGGUUUUUCCAAGCGUUUAGGGUGCAGUUUAUCCCAGCGACGAUGUUGAUUACUGUCCCAGAUUACUUUCAAAUAUUCUGUCGGGAUAAACUUGCGUUUCAUUACGCGAUCAAGUUGUAUGAUCCCCUGUCAAAGAUGUUUGAAAUAUAUGUGGAUAAAGAUGAGAAUUUGAGGAUGGUCCUGUUUGGUUUUAGUAGGUACAUUCCAUAUUAUGGGUUGACUGGUCCGUGUUACUUACAUUUAAACUAUGUAGGAAACAAUGUAUUUCUUCAUAAGAUAUUCUCGGCUGAAGGAGUAGAAAUGGAUUAUAACAGAAAUUCGGGCAGUGCUGCAAACACCCAAGUUCCAGUUGCUGCUCCUAAUUUUCAGAAAGAAUUAAGCAAUUAUGAUGUUAAAGCAUCUUCUUUGUAUCUGGAUUCCAAAUUUGCAAAAGAAUGCUUGAUCAAGGGUCGCAAGAGCUACAGAUUGACGAAUGACCAAGCUCAAUUCUGGGACUGUAAGAUACGUUGGACGGGCAGAAGUUCGUAUGAGUGUUACUUGACCUGUGGUUGGAAGAAGUUUUGCAAAGAAAACGGAUUGGCUGCUGGUGAUCGGAUAAGAUUUGUUGUGGAGGAUGAAGAAAAGGGCGUAAUCCACAUAUUGAAGAAUUAGGUUAUUGUAAUGCUUUGAAUAUUUUGUCUGUCAAAGUAUUACGUACAUCCUACAAACACUUAGUUUAAGUUUCGUUUUUAUGAAUU